CCACCCUGUGCAGGCAGGGCGGCUGUUUCUGCGCACCGCUCCUCCUCACAGACCCGUUUUCUCAAUGAAUUGCAGCCCGGAGCGGCUGUCCGUAUCAGAAACUCGAGCAGCAGAUGACGGUGGACCCUCGGAAUGCGAUGGGCAGGUGCGCGUGUGAGCCGCCGUGACAGCAGGCACCCCGUGGAAAGGCGCUCCGCACACGGGAACUGUGUAGCUCGACACCACCACCACAGCGUUUUGACAGUUUGAGGAUCCACUGCGGGACGCACCGAGACAUGUCGAGAGACAGCAUGACAGCUGUGAGAGGAGCCCAGUCACAGAGCGCGAGCCCCGCUGCGCCCAAGGAGAACGGACACACCGCGGCGAGCGCCGCGCAACCCAACUUUCCCCCACCAUCACCGGCGAGCGCACCCGACGAUGCGCCCCUGUCCUCGACGGGGGAGUUGACUCAGACCUGGGUUCACUUCGCCAAAACCUUCGUGUUCAUUUUUCCCGUUUAUGCCUUGGGCUACUUUGAAUUCAGUUUCAGCUGGCUGCUGAUUGGACUUAUGAUCUUUUUCUUGUGGAGGAGAAACACAGGAGGGAAGCACAGCCGGCUGAGCAGAGCUUUGGCUUUCUUUGACCAAGAGGAACUGACUGCGAAGCCGGGGCUUACGACCUCUGAUCUGCCACCCUGGGUCCAUUUUCCUGAUGUUGAACGGGUGGAGUGGUUAAACAAGACGGUGAAGCAAAUGUGGCCGUACAUCUGCCAGUUUGUGGAAAAACUGUUCCGUGAGACCAUUGAGCCGGCGGUGAAAGAGACCCACGCCCACCUCAGCACCUUUUGCUUCACCAAAAUUGACAUGGGCGACAAGCCCCUCAGGAUCAAUGGGGUCAAAGUUUACACGGAAAAUGUGGAUAAGCGACAAAUCAUCAUGGACCUGCAGAUCAGCUUUGUUGGCAACACAGAGAUUGAUGUGGAUGUCAAGCGAUACUACUGCAAAGCUGGCAUAAAAAGCAUCCAGAUCCACGGCGUAUUGAGAGUGGUGAUGGAACCGUUGCUAGGAGAGAUGCCUCUCAUUGGAGCUCUGUCUCUGUUUUUCCUCAAGAAGCCACUGCUGGACAUAAACUGGACCGGCCUCACCAACAUACUGGACAUUCCUGGACUCCACGGCUUCUCUGAUAGCCUAAUUCAAGACAUAAUCUGCAGCUAUCUGGUUUUACCCAACCGCGUCACAGUCCCCCUGGUCAGCGAAAUGGAACUGGCCAAGCUUCGCUUUCCGGUGCCAAAGGGAGUCCUGAGGAUUCACUUCCUUGAGGCUCAGGAUCUGGAAGGGAAAGAUAAAUUUCUGGGCGGACUGAUUAUGGGCAAAUCUGACCCCUAUGGCGUCCUGCAGAUCGGCAACCAGGUGUUUCAGAGCAAGACUGUUAAGCAGACUCUCAAUCCCAAGUGGAACGAAGUCUACGAGGCUCUGGUGUACGAGCACUCAGGCGAACACCUUGAAAUCGAGCUGUUUGACGAAGAUCCGGACAAAGAUGAUUUCCUGGGGAGCCUCAUGAUUGAUUUGGCCGAGCUGCACAAACAUCAGAGAGUUGAUGAGUGGUUUGAAUUAGAAGAAGCCCCUACAGGGAAACUCCACUUAAAACUGGAGUGGCUGUCACUGUUCUCCUCUCCUGAAAAGCUGGACCAGGUGCUGCGAAGCGUGCGUGCGGACCGAAGUCUGGCCAACGAGGGACUGUCGUCGGCUCUGCUGGUGGUGUAUCUGGACUCAGCCAAGAACCUGCCAUUCGUCUUCUCAGGCAGCUUUGGCUGCGGAAACUUGAGUGAGAGGAGAGCAUCUGGCCUCGUCUUUUAUGAGGACAAUACGUCUGAGUGUAGAACUGUACUCUCGGCCAAGAAGAACAUCAGUGAACCCAGUCCUUAUGUCCAGUUCACAGUCGGGCACAAAACAAUUGAGAGUAAGGUUCGCUACAAGACCAAGGAGCCCCUGUGGGAAGAUUGUUUCUCGUUCCUCGUCCACAAUCCCAACAGGCAGGAGUUGGAAGUGGAGGUAAAAGAUGGGAAGCAUAAAUCCACUCUUGGAAACUUGACCGUGCCUUUGAGCUCGCUGCUGUCGGAGGAAGACAUGACGCUGACUCAGUGCUUUCCUCUAAAGAACUCUGGGCCCAGCUCCACUGUCAAACUCAAGAUGGCUCUAAGGAUUCUAUCUCUGGAGAAAAACGUGUUCUCAGACCUCCCCUCGGCAGUCCAAGUCAGGAAAUCGAGUCUCCCUCAGCCCGCCACAGCCUCCUCCCUGCGACCGUCAGUCUCUGACUCCCUGCUCCCGACAACGCCUCAGCACCCCACAAAGAGCUCCACUUUCACACUCCACCAUGAGGACGGCGAGCCUUACUCAGCCAGCCCUUGCUGCAGCACCUCAAACCUGAGCACUUGUAUUUCUGGUUCCCAAAAACACCUGCGUCACAAGGAGUCCACCCCCAGCCUGGCCUCUGACAUCUCGCUGCCUAUUGCCACCCUGGAGCUUCAGCAAAGACUUCGGCAACUCCAGAAUGGCUCAGGUCUUGGCCAGUUCCCCCUGGGUGAGGUCCAGCUGACCGUUCGGCACAGCUCACAGAGGAACAAGCUGAUAGUGGUGGUGCACGCCUGCCGUAACUUGAUAGCCUUCACCAAAGACAGCUCCGAUCCCUUCAUACGUCUGUAUCUGCUGCCUGACAAGAGCCGGACGGGGAGGAGAAGGACGAGCACCAUGAAGAAGACUCUGAACCCUGUUUAUGAUCAAACGUUUGAAUUCAGCGUUUCUAUGGUGGAGCUCCACAGAAGAACUCUGGAUGUAGCAGUUAAGAACGGAGGGAGCAUACUGUUCAAACACAAAGGCCUUUUGGGAAAGGUGUUGGUCGAUCUAAGUGGGGACGAUAUAUUAAAAGGAUGCACACAGUGGUAUAACCUCAGUGAAGACGGUUUAGCGUCUGAACUCAGAAGAAGCAGUCAAGAGGCCGUCCCUUCAUAAGGAAAACUCCCGUCUGCUGUAAAAUACCAUGAAAUGACAGGAAAUAGGUUCUGCUGUUGUGUUUAUGUAUGUUUAUAUGUAGUUUACUGGAAUAAUUUCAGCAUGAAAAAUGAUUUUUAAGACAUUUCCAGUUUUUUUUUCUUUUUUGUAAUGAUUAAUUGACCUGUCUUCUAUUUCUGUUUUCAGUGUUUUAUUUAAUGAGACUUAUUAGAUACACAAUAACAAGAAUUUUACAGGGGUUUUAGUGGCAUUAUAUUUUUAAAAUGGGAUUUUUUUAGUAAAAUCUGCUGAAAUUCUUAUUUAUUUCUGCCCUGUUUAGCAAAAUGUGAAAAAUUAAAUUAUAAUUUUAUUAUGAAGUCUAACCAAAGGAACAGAAAGGGAGGCUGAAGUAGCAGUCUUUGUUUGUUGUUGUCAGUCAAUGUUGUUUUGUUUAAAAAAAAUUGUUCUUUAUGCUAGAUUUAAAACAUUGGAUGCACAAACUGUAUGCAAAUGAUAAAAUGUUUGUUUUGUAUAUUUUAGGAGAUUUGUGCAAUAUUGAUGGGGGGAAAAUUAUGUUUUAGGGCUAUGAACAAAUGUUGUACAUUACAAACACUGCAAAAAGGGUUUGCUUGUGCAAAAACAUGUCAGUUGAAGAAACUAAGUGAAGACAAAAAUGAUUGAUUUUUCAAAAAGCCGAGAAUGCAUCUAUAUCUUUGCUUGUACAUGUUUUGUUAUGUUGUUAUAAUUGUUUGAAACUUUGAAUACAUUUCUUGUUAUCUAUCCCGUGCCUUAAAAAUCCAGUUUUUGUUUUUUUGCCUUCUUUACUAUUAUUAUUUUGAAUGAUAUGAUGCCCUGUGACUUUUGAAUAAAUCCUUUACUCUUGUGAA